GUGUUUGAAAAUCUGGAGAGGCGGCCGAGCAAGGAAACACUUUUUUGUGGCCCUAAAAAUUAAGUUUGGAUUCCUUUCUCAUAAUUGUCAGAGGUUUUGAAAAGGAACCGAAACGGGAAACGCGGAGAAUAAGGUGAAAAUACGAACUAGGAAGGUUAUUGCUGAAGUUUGCAGAAGACACUAGUAUCAGCCACAGCUACAAUGUUUGAGAAAUUCUCGUACUUCGGAAUCGGAGAGUAUCCCCCGGAAUACGUCCGAAAAGUGCAUGGCCCGUAUGAUCCUUCGCGGUAUUACGGAAAGCCUGACAUGCCACUGGCACAGGUGAAACUUAGCGAACUGCCAGCAUGGUUUGGUCGGCGCAGUUUUCAUCCGUUUGCCAUUGGGAGAGCGCUUUCCCGCGCAUACUGGCGCUGGCAGCGGAAGUACAUCCAUGUGCGUUAUGGCACGGCCGCCCCGCUGCUGCAGUUCGUUGUAGCCGUCAGCGCCUUUUCGUACCUCCUAACCUAUAAGUCACUACGACACCAUAACCAUGCCAAAUAUCACUGAAGGUCGAACAUUAAUUGGCCGAUGGAGAGUUGUGAAGAUUUGUUUAUGUGCAGUGAGGUGCUUGACCAAUCAUGGAAGUUUAAAAUUAUAAGAUUCGCGGGGUUUUGUGUCCAAGCCCCAAAGUGUGUUUAGACAGUGUGUUGAUUUUUGGAUUUUGGCUUUAUGAGUUGAAUAAAACCACCAAAGCAUAUG